GCUGGUGCUUGCCGCCAAAGAUGACACGGCCAUUAUUUCCAAACUCUCUCCUUCUCGCGGCGGUGCUCUGGUGCUUCUUCCCGAGAUUCUCCACCGCACAAGGCAGCGGUCCUUGCCAAAUCUCCGACAAGUGCGGCCAAUUCGGAGUGUGCGACUCACGAGAUUCCCCAAUUUGCAGCUGCCUCCCCGGAUUCCUCCCGCUGAUCAACGAGCAAUGGAAUUCCGGCAACUGGAGCGGCGGCUGCAGCAGGAGGCGCCCCUUGCACUGCAACGCCACAGCACGCGAAAAAGACGGCUUCUUGAAGCUGCAGAUAGUGAUGCUGUACGGCUACUCGGAGCGCUGGUCCGGCCCCCAAUCUCAGUGCGAAACCCGAUGCUUGAACAACUGCUCCUGCCUCGCCUACGCCUCCGACGGCGCUGAUGGUUGCCGAUUCUGGACGGGGCCAUUAACCAACAUCCAGAAGUUUCCCAGCGGCUCCGGCUCGAUUAUCUUCGUUCGCGUCUCCAAUUCUGAAUUGGAUGUGAAGAAAUUGUCUAACAAGAUCGUUGUAGCUCUUGCUGUUGUUGCUUUUGUUGUCGUGUCCGUUGGAGCUUUUUUGUGUUGGAGAUUGAUUGCUAAACACAGAGGCAAGAAGGAGACCAUUGAGCUUGGAAAUGUAGUUGAUCAGUCUCUUCCAGAUGGAUUGAAUCAAGCCAAUAUUGAUGAGUUGCCAUUGUUUACAUUAGCAAUGCUUACAACUGCAACCAGCGGCUUCUCUGAAGCUAACAAGCUUGGGAAGGGUGGUUUUGGCCCUGUCUACAAGGGAGAAUUGGGGGAUGGGAGAGAGAUCGCGGUUAAGAGGCUUUCACAGGCAUCUACACAAGGGAUGCAAGAGUUUAUCAAUGAAGUGGUGCUGAUUUCUAAACUGCAACACAAGAAUCUUGUUAGACUACUUGGUUGCUGUGUGGAGAGUAAAGAGACUAUGCUGGUUUAUGAAUGUAUGCCGAACAAAAGCUUGGACUAUCACCUUUUCGAUUCAUCACAAGAGAUCCUAGAUUGGACAAAGCGUUACAAAAUUAUCGAAGGUGUUUGCCGAGGCCUUGUUUAUCUCCACAGGGAUUCAAGAUUGAAGAUCAUCCACCGCGACCUCAAGCCCAGCAACAUAUUGUUGGAUAAUGAUUGGAACCCGAAGAUUUCAGAUUUCGGUAUGGCCAGGAUAUUCGGGGCCAAGCAGGAUCACAUGAGCACCGUAAGAGUGGUAGGAACAUACGGAUAUAUGGCUCCAGAGUACGCAAUGGAAGGAAGAUUCUCAGAAAAAUCGGAUGUGUAUAGCUUAGGAGUGCUGAUGGUAGAGAUUGCUACUGGAAGAAGGAACAAAACCUGGUACCAAGACGGCUCCUCGAACCUUCUUGGACAUGUAUGGAAACUGUGGAAUGAGGAUAAUGUGGGAGCUGUUAUAGAUAGAAGAAUAACGGGUUCGAAGGAACGGGUGGAGGUGAUGAGAUGCAUACAUAUCGGGUUGCUGUGUGUUGAGGCAAGUCCUUCAGACAGACCAUCUGUUUCUGCUGUGCUAUCGAUGCUAAGAAGUGAAGUAGUAGAGCUUCCGGACCCGAAGCAACCGGCAUUGUCUGUAAGGCCUAUUCAUUUAGAUUCGGCGCAAGAGAUCCAAGUAUGUAGUUCGUCGUCUGCUAAUAAUGUCAGUCUCACCAUUGUUGAUGGCCGUUGAGGUAUGCUUUCUCCUACUCCAACUAGUAAAUUAUGAUUAUCUUUUUUGUAGAAGGAUUAUAGGAACAAGGUUAUUCCUAUCAUUUACUAAUUAAACAUGGUUAUUUGAAA